CAUCCGGAAGCGCACGCCCUGACCUCCUUCGCCAGCUGCCGCGCGGCCUCUCCGAAGCGGGAAAGGAGCAGCCAAUCCGGGCAGAGCGCGCCUCGGCGCUGGACUACAUCUCCCGGCGUGCCUUGCGCGCACCGCGUGGGAACUACGUGUUCCGGCGUGCACCGCGGUAGCGGCAGAGCGGGGAGAGCUUGCGGAGAGUUCUCUGAUACAGGAAGCAAAAAAGAACAUGUCAAAAUCACAAGUGAGGCCAAGCCAGGGUUCCUGGAGAGGCUCAGCGAGACUUCUGGAGGCAUGCUCAUAGGACUCGGGACAUUUCUUCUGUCCUUCUACCUUCUUUUUACCAAUGAAGGACGAGCUUUGAGGACAGCUAAAUCUCUUGAUGAGGGACUUUCUCUUGUGAUCCCUCUUGACAACAUUCACAGCGUGUCUCAACAGAAUGAGGGGAGUCUGGUGCACUUAGCUGGCGCUCUGAGCACAGCAAAGCCUUUGUUUGAUCCCAGCUAUGGGCUGUCCGUCCAGGCUGUCAAGCUGAAGCGCAAAGUGGAAAUGUACCAGUGGGUAGAAUAUGAAGAUUCCAGGGAGUAUGAAGAAAAUGGUGAGAUCAAGAAAGAGACAAAGUACUCAUAUGAUACUGAAUGGAAAUCCGAAGUUGUGAACAGCAGGAAUUUUGAUCGAGAAAUAGGACACAAAAAUCCUAGUGCGAUGGCUGUGGAGUCCUUUACUGCCGUUUCUCCUAAUGUCCAGGUUGGCAGCUUUGUCCUUUCCAAAGGUCUUGUGGAUAAGAUUGAUGACUUCAAGCAGCUCAGCUUGGCACACCUUGAGGAUCCACAUGCUGAUGUUACCCGGGGAGGAGAUUAUUUUUACCACAGUGAGAACCCCAGGCGUCCAGAAGUGGGAGACCUUCGUGUCUCAUUCUUCUACGCCGGUCUAAGUGGACAUGACCCCCACCUGGGCUCUCCUGAUAAGGUGACUGUGAUUGCUCGGCAGAAAGGUGAUCAACUCGUUCCAUAUCACACCAAGUCUGGAGAUGUUCUCCAGAUGCUCUACUCUGGGGAUCUCUCUGUCGAGGAGGUGUUUCAGAAGGAGCAUGAGAGUAACACCAUGAAGACCUGGGCCCUCCGUGCAGCAGGCUGGCUGACAAUGUUUGUAGGCAUCAGCCUGAUGACCCGGAUUGUUUACACUUUGGUGGACUGGUUUCCUGUUGUUCGAGAUCUGGUUAACAUCGGAUUGAAAGCUUUUGCCUUCUGUGUGGCCAGCUCACUCUCACUUCUGACUAUCUCCAUUGGCUGGCUCUUCUAUCGCCCUGUCUGGGCUCUGCUGAUUGGGUUGCUCUCUGUAGUUCCAAUUGUGGUCGCAAGAUCCCGGAUUCCACCAAAGAAGCAUCAGUGAGAAAGAGGUGGGGCACCUUGUGUAUUGUGGACAAAGUGCCAGCUUCAUCGCAUGGACUGGUGUGAAAUCCUUGGGAAAUACAUGUGUGUACCUGCCUCUGACAGUCCUUCCUUCUGCUACUUUUUCUCACUUGUACAAUCAUGUAUACUGUGUUGGCAGUGUUUGAAAGUGCAUUGUUAAAGGAAAAACAACUUUUGACACAAUACUUCAGUAACGUGGAUUCAUUUGAGCUGGGGAUUUUGAAAGUAACUUGGAAUCUCCAGUGGCCAGGUUAGCUCUGAGGCAGGGAAGAUAGGUCAGAGAGCAGAGACUUUUCUCAGUUUUUAAAGAGGUCUGAAGCUGUUCUUGGGUAAGCACCCGAAAUGGUGGAGUUCUGUAGAAACACUGAAUUGCUCUUAUUUAAGGAGAUACUCAGAGGUCACUUGCCUUUAAUUUUAAAAAUAAAACCUGCUGCCUUGACGUACAAUUGAUUAACUUCUAUCGUUGAAUACAUAUUCUUUAAAAUACUUGGUUUUGCUGUAUGUAGUUUGUCUUUUUGAAUUUUGCUUGCCAAGAACAAUGAAAAUAUUCCAUGAAAUUAAAUAAUGAACACAUUUCUGCCUGAUUAGUUUUUGUAGACAUAGUAGCUUGAAUUUUGAGCUUUAUAUCAUGUUAAUACAGCUUCCUGUUGUGUUGCAAUGGCUCAAGCUUACAGGUUUCUGCUGUAAAUAGUUCUUGAGUUGAGGCGAUCUUGUUGUGUUUUGAAGUCUCUCUAGAUAGCUCAUUUGGCUUCCAGGUGUGCCCUACCAACAUGUUUUUCCUUCUGUAAGUACACAUAAUUCAGUACAAAAAUGUCUUCAGUGAAUACAUUUUUUUGAAGGAGAAUUACGACUGUAUUCCCCAUACCAAAGGAAAUUUGCUUCUAUGUAUGUUCAAGUUAAUGUUUCCUAAAAAUGUUACUACAUGGGAGGUCAGGUUUAUAAAUCAUAAACAUUUUGAGAUGUAGUAAUUUAUGUUUAACUUCAAUUUCCUUUAGUUCUUAUCAUUCUUGUGGUCUUGUGUUUUCAAUUUCACCCUUUCUGCUGGUGAAAGCAGCAGCAGUGAGUGAAAGGCAGGGCACGAAGCUGACCUGUGUUAGUGACCCAGGCAGUCUCUAUCUGCUGCUCUUUCUCAAUGCACUCCACUGGAGAGAAAAGCAGAAGUUUUGAACAGCUGUUCUACCAAUGAUGCAGGAAACUAAUCAGCAUUGCCAUAUUGGAGAUGGUGCAAUUUUCUACAGAAGUGCUGAGCUUUUUGUAUAUUUAAUAAAAUACCAUUUUCAGAAA